CAUUUCAAUUUUUGAGGAUUAAUAAUUUCUCGGAGGUGUAUAAACAUUUCAAAGGACUGUUGAGUGGAUAUAUUUAUACAUAUAAAAAUGUCUGUUGCUGAAUUUUUAAAAGGUUUGCCUUCACAUAAUGAAAAUAACUUUGCCAAUUUUCACACGGACAGUGGAAACAGAACUUGUGUAAAGAAGCCUUCAGUAUAUAUUCCCACAAAAGAUCAUCCUUCAGAACAAAUUAUAGUUACAGAAAAAACCACCAUAUUGUUAAGGUACCUCCACCAACACUGGGAUAUAAAUAAUCCUGUCAGAAAAAGAGAUUUUUUAUCUGCUAAUGGUGAUUCUGAAGAUGAUGGUGGCACAGUUCGUAGUAAAAGGCUACGUCUUGAGUUGAACAAUACCAUUUAAAAUAUAUUGCACACUUUUAAUUUUCAUUACUUGUUAAACUACGUUUAUAUGUCAUGAAAAUAGGUCAUGCAAACAUCAACAUGGGACAAAUGUAAUUCUUAAAUAUUAUAAACAUAUCUAUACCUCGGAAAAAUUAUUUCAAAACGUUAUUUGAACAUUUUAAAUACAUAAUUUAGUUUAAAUGUUGUGUAAAAUAUUGACUCUAGAAAAGUAGAAAGAACGUUUUCAAAUAAUAUUUCUUUAGAUAUGUAACAUUGUAACAAAAAACAAGAAUAACUUUUGUGUUAAUUGUAUGUUUGUAUUGCAUGCUUGAAGUUCAUUGAAAGAAGAUUCGUUGUUAGAAUAUUAAAUGACACUACGCUACAGUACACAAUUUGUAUAAGUAGCGACAUUCAUUGCUCUCUUUCGUGAUCUUUCUGUAUGACUGUUGUCGAGGGACAGGAAUGCAACUGGUGGUGCAUACGUUCAUUAAAACAGAGGAAGUAAAUAUUAAUGUCAUUUUAGUUAAGAUACAAUAUGUCAGCAUUUAUUCUGAGGUAAUUUUGUAAAUUUAUUUCACAAUACAUUAUUCAUUUUUGUACUGCAUACAUAGUUAUCAAUUCAUAAUACGUGAUUCAUUUUCUGAAGAAGUGUGUAGAAUGUGGUAUGUUUAUUAUUUUGAGAUUUUCAGUUUAGGUAGCUAAUAACAAUUACGUUGUUUAAUGUCAUCAAAAUAUAGAGAAAAAUGUAAUCAAACAAAAGUAUUGAUGACAUUUAUAUAUCUCAAGAUAAAUUAUAUUCUUGCAUGCUUUUUAGAAGAAAUUACUGUAUUCAAAAAUACGGAUUAUUACAAAUAGAUUUCACGAAAACUAAUAUUAAUGUUUGUUGAAAGAAGUCGUUUCAUAUUUUUGAUAACAUCAUUUUGAUUUUUAGAUAAAAAUUAUGAAAGUUUGUUAAAUUUUAAUUCAGUUACAUAGAAAAUUUCAAUAAAUUUUCAUUUCAAAAGGAAUACAUGAUAUUGUAUUAUUCAAUGCAAUAAAAUAUAUGUAUACGUAA